CGCGCCUGUAAACUUUUGCCUGUCGCCUGCUCUUUGGGACAGCCUCUCACACACCAUCUCUGUAGCCUCAGCACCUGGACACUAACUCACCUGCAAACCCGCAACCAAAACCCGCGUCUGCCAUGGAGAGCCCGCAAAGACUCGGACAGCAGCCCCCCCGCCACACCUGCAGGACGGUGGGGUGCCUCAAGGCACGGAGGAUGUCUCCCGGCGGCGCGCUGCUGCUCGCGCUGGCCUUCACGCUCUGCGUGGGGGGGGUGGCCUCUGGGGAGACGCUGUGCGGGGGGGAGCUGGUGGACGCGCUGCAGUUCGUCUGUCAGGACCGAGGCUUUUACUUCAGUAGGCCAACCAGCAGAGGGGGACUGCGGCGCCAGCCGAGCCGUGGGAUCGUAGAGGAGUGUUGUUUCCGUAGCUGUGACCUCAACCUGCUAGAGCAGUACUGUGCCAAACCCACCAAGUCCGAAAGGGACGUGUCAGCCACUUCUCUACAGGUCAUACCCAUGAUUCCCGCACAAAAACAGGAAGUCCCAAGGAAGCAGCAUGUGACUGUGAAGUAUUCCAAAUACGAGGUGUGGCAGAGGAAGGCGGCCCAGCGGCUCCGGAGGGGCGUCCCUGCCAUCCUGAGGGCCAAAAAGUUCCGGAGGCAGGCGGAAAAAAUUAAAGCCCAGGAGGAGUCGGUCUUCCACAGGCCCCUGAUCAGCCUUCCCAGCAAACUGCCCCCCGUGUUGCUCACCACGGACAACUUUGUCAACCACAAAUGAGCCCGCUGCCAGCCCUUUGCACAGACAAGAGUUUGAGGGUGACAAAAAAGACUGGGGGAUUAUAGCUUUGUCUCUGACGUCAUUUCUGCGGCAGUCCUCUUUGACCUCCCCUGCCCUGUCCGAGCCCACCAGUCCCUCCCCCUGCUCUCGACCACCACGUCUUGAACCCCAUGGCCCCUUUCGAAUGCCCCCCCCCCCAUUCCAAAUCUCACGCACCCUCCUCCAGCACACAAACAUGCCUUCACAUUCUUCCUGUCUGAACUCCUUUGCUCCUUCUCUUUCAGGCACAGACACAAAAGGCACAAACGCAAAUGUCAAACAAAAGGUUAACAAUUCGCCUGAAUGCAAUUCAGGUGGAUACUUAAGCAAAAGAGAAAAAGGAAGAGGGCAAAGAGGAUGAAAGAGAUCUGUGCUUUGCAAAUGUCAAGAGGACACCUAGAGGAAUGUUCUUUGUCCCGGUGGAAGACAGCGGAGAGCGACUGGCACGAAAGAAUCCAUUCCACAUCGUUUCUCCUGAGGCGAAAGAAAAUCGACGUUAGUUAUUUUUCUUCUUAGUUUGCACCUCUACCUUUAAAGGGACUUCCACACUGUAAGGAAUUAUUUUGCAAAAUUAGAUUCCUGCUCCAGCACCUUUUUUGAUCACAAACAAAAAGCAGAAGAGAGUCUGCAGAAUUGCACAUUGCCACGGAUUACGUCAAAGUAAAGAAAAAAAUGGCACUAUUUUUUUAUGAACAAUGAACGUGUAGCUUAAAAAUGUCAUGGUGCUAGCUUUGGGAAAGGACUCAAAGAAGAGAUUGAAAAGCACGUUUUAUUUUUUUUUGGAAUGAUUAUUAAAACUUUCCGUUUUAUGGAAAGUGUGACUUUAAAAACCGAUGGAAUCAAGGACAUGGGGGAGCUCCUGGCAGUGGCACCGUCAACGGGGAGGAGUCACUGAGGAAAAGGAUGGGCUGUGUUGGCACAUAGGCUCACGGCAAAGGUCAUGGCUAGUUUGCCAGCAUCAGAAGCAAAAGGAGGACUUGAGAUCUGGUCCCCGUUCCUUCUGUCACCCCCGAGGCUGACGGACACACCUGGCAGCGAGGGGACACAUGGGACACCCUGGACUGCACGGGCUGGGACUCUACAAGAUUUUCAGGACAGUACUUCCUGUUUGCCAUGCUUUGCAUGCUUCCUGCUCUGACAGGAAGUGACAUGGCACGGACAAAGAUCGAGUGGGGAUGAUAAUGAUUAUAUUUUAUUUUGUCUUUUUCAUAUCAAUGUGUCGAUGAAAAAAAAAAGGAAAACCCUGUCAGUUUCUGGUACCGUGACAUUCCUGUUUCUCCAAGUUAGGCAUUUUUUUUGUUUGGUCUGAGAAUAUUUUCCUGUCUAAAGAAAAGGCAUAAAAUUCAAUUCAAAGGGAAAUAAAACAGCAAUAAUGUUCAACUAACAUUAUAUGUUCAUUUUAUAUCAGUAAUAUUCACAUGCUUUUGCCUGGAAACAAAUACUUGAACAUACAGUACAUCAUAUAUGUGUAUGUAUAUAUAUAUAUAUAUAUACAUAUAUAUAUAUACAUAUAUAUAUAUAUAUAUACACACAGACAAUUAGGUGAGAAUGAGGAAGAUAUUCAAAUAGUUUCCAGGGACAAUGUGUUAUUUUCCUUUAGUCUGAGCUGUAUCUUGCGUAAUGAGCCGCCAAGCUUUUUUGUUUGUUUGUAAAAAUACAAAUAAGGGCACUGUAUAAAGGCAUUAUUUAUUUUGUUAUAAAAUAUAUUUGAAAAAUUGGUCCAAAUGAUAUACGUAGCACUGAUGCUCAACUGACGGAUUUAUUUUGUAUGAUCUCUGUUUUUCAAUUGGAGUUGUAAGGCUUUUUGUAGAUGCUUUGUACCAAAAAAUGUCUUUUUUUUCUUUCUUUUUUUUUUUUUUUUGCUUUUCAUCUUGCAAUACUUACCGUAAAUUAAUAUUUUAACAGCAGCAUAACGGGAAUUGCUUGGGUAUGUUAUGUCACAGAACAGGCACAUAACUCAGAAAGGACGGUUUGCAUGGGUCUCCAGAAGCCUGUCAGGGUUGUCUGAGAAAAGUCUUUAAUUUUUCCGGUAAAAUAACUGUUUGUUCUCAAACCCACUAUGUUCAUGAAGCCACUUUAGUAUUGAUGGCAGGAAUACCCUAAGUCCUUUAUUAAACCAUGUCUUUAUAAUCGUACUCGGUGUCCUAUGGUCUUCUAAAGAGCAUCUCACAUGUGCGCCACUGAUGCUGAGUCAGACGUCUCACAAGGUUUAGCGAUCAUGUGACCCAGCCAACUCAACAUUGAAGGUCAUCCGCAGGUCAUUGUCUGUCUAGAAAACAGUGACACUGAUCUUCUGUAGCACAUAGGCUGGGGGUGGGGGGCAUUUAUCCCUCCUGAAAAACAUCCAUUAUGCAUCUGAAGUGAUGAAGGGCUAUCAGGAUUUCUGAAGCGCACAGAGCUUUGCCGGGUGUUGAUCCCGUCGAGGAGGGGUGUGGUAAACCUGUGCCGUGUCACACUCAUCCGCCUCACCGUCUAAACUGACUUAUACAGGAUUCCUGCCGUUCAGCUCUGGGGGGGUCCAUUCAAGAAAAGAUCUAUUUUCUUCUGACAGAGAGCUCAGUUAUCGCAGCUGCAUCAUCUCUAGAACAAUCUACAUCAGUUGUGCAUCAAAGCAAGCAGUGCAAUUAUUAUUAUUACUAUUAUUAUUAUUGUUAUUGUUAUUAUUAUUAUUAUUAUUACAAUCCAUAUUUUCCUGCUAGGACUGCAUUCACUAUUGAAAUGUUACAGGCUACUAUGGUGUUCUUAUGAAAGACAACCACUUCAUUUCCAUGAACAUGAAGAGAGAAGUGCCCGGCCACGGCAGCUUCCUGUCUCAGUAGCUCACUCAAGCCUGUGUGUAUUUUCCUGAUUUAACCUCUGCACGCUAGAACGUCCGAAAUGCACAAUUCAUGUACUUUCAUUUUUAAUAUCAAUAAAAAAAAUACAUUUUAUCAAA